AAUAUCAAAUCACGUGACAGUCCAGUCAAAAUGGCGAGCGCAUCGAACAUGGACGAAGGUGUCAAAGUUGAUGGGGCGACGGUACUGGCGAGGGCCUUAAAAGCACAGGGUGUGGAGUACAUGUUUGGUAUUGUGGGGAUUCCUGUCAUUGAAGUUGGUAUGGCAGCACAAGCAGCUGGCAUCAAAUACAUAGGAAUGAGGAAUGAGCAAGCGGCCUCCUAUGGUGCCUCUAUCAUUGGGUAUAUGACAGGAAAGCCUGCAGUGUGUCUGGUUGUGUCUGGGCCAGGAUUGGUGCAUGCUUUGGCUGGACUGUCGAAUGCCAAAGAAAAUUGCUGGCCAGUGAUUGUGAUUGGUGGAUCCAGUGAACAAGAUCAGGAGGCCAUGGGGUCAUUCCAGGAGUUACCUCAGGUGGAGGCAGCAAGACCCUAUUGCAAAUUUUCAGCAAGACCCAAUAGCAUAGAAAGGAUUCCCUUCUAUGUGGAAAAGGCCUAUCGUCAGAGUAUCUAUGGCAGACCAGGGGCAUGUUACCUUGACAUCGCUGGCAACAUGGUGAAUGCUACUGUUAAUGAAAAAGAUGUAUGGUCCUCUAUUAUCUGUCCCCCACCUCCCAAGAGUUUUGCUGACCCAGAAAGUGUAAAGGUAGCUGCAGACCUACUGUACUAUGCCGAAAAGCCUUUAGUGAUAGUAGGCAAAGGUGCUGCUUAUGCACAUGCUGAGGCAGCUGUGCAGGAGUUGGUGAUAGGGGCACAACUCCCGUUCCUCCCAACUCCCAUGGGAAAAGGGGUCAUACCAGAUGACCAUGACCUCUGUGUAGCUCCUGCAAGGUCAAAAGCACUGCAGGAAGCAGACGUCAUCCUUUUGCUUGGCGCUCGUCUGAACUGGAUGCUACAUUUUGGGAUGCCACCUAGAUUUAAUCCCAAGGUGAAGAUCAUACAGGUAGACAUCUGUCACGAGGAAAUGAACAACAACAUCAAGGCUGCAGCCAUGUUAGUGGGCAGUCUAGACACCGUCCUGAACCAGUUGAAUGAGGAAAUCAACAGACGUCCUGGUAAAUUUGCCUUCAGCAAGGCUGCCCCCUGGUGGAAAACUUUGAAAGGAAAAAUCCAGCAGAAUCAACAGAGUGUACAGAAAAUGAUGUCCGACAAAUCUGUCCCACUAAAUUUCUAUUCUGCAUAUGAGGAUAUCCAGAAACUGCUGCCGAAGGACUGUAUUAUUGUUAGUGAGGGUUCCUCCACAAUGGAUAUUAGUAGGACCAUGAUCCCAAACAGCCUCCCGCGACACAGGUUGGAUGCGGGAACCUACGGUACUAUGGGUGUGGGCCUAGGCUUCGCAGUAGCAGCAGCAGUCUGGUGCAGAGACCACGCUCCGGAAAAACGGGUUGUCUGCAUCCAAGGGGACAGUGCUUUUGGUUUCUCAGGAAUGGAAAUUGAAACUCUCUGUCGCUACAAAUUACCAGUGAUUAUCAUCAUCAUGAACAACAACGGUAUCGGUUUCGGUAUGGAUGAUGACUCGUGGCAGUCUCUGUCUGAGUCUACAGACCUCACUCUCACCUCUCCACCCACAUCACUCAUGGCAACAGCCCAUUACGAGAGGAUGAUGGCAGCCUUUGGAGGCAAUGGCUAUUUUGCUCGUACCACAGAGGAGAUCACCAAAUGUGUCAGUGCCGCCAUGAGUAAACAGCAAGUGUCCAUUGUCAACGUCAUGAUCAACCCUAUGUCUAUGAAGAAACCUCAGGAUUUCUUCUGGCUGACAAAGUCCAAGAUUUAAGGAGGAGAUGUGUUUAGACAAUCAAUGGACACAGAUGUAUUGUUUCAGUACCAUGUGUGUACAUGUGAUGUAUAAAACAGUGUGACAUAAUCUGUGAUAUUCCAGAGUCUUUUUACAACUUUGACACUUAUAUAGACUACAGGUCAAUC